GUUUUAAGUUUUGGGCUCUGUUUUUGCCCUCAGCUCGGCACAGACAGACUCAUGGAUUGCUGCAGAGCACAGAAGUGAUCAUCUCACAUAGUCGAGCCGCCAUGCCGCGCAAGAAGAGCAGCGCGCCGCCUCCGGCAGCGGCCGAGACCGUAGACUCGUUGCGGACCCAACUGGCGGAGCAGCGCGAGCACUACGAGGCCCAGUCCGCCCAGGCCCUCAAAUUACUGGAAUCAAAAGAUGCCGAGCUCGCCACGUUGCGAGAAUCGACGGCGACGCCCGUGUCGCCGGGCACCGACGCGUCACAAGCCGCGUCCCAAGAGGCCGAACGCCUGCGGCGAGACGCCGACGCGAAAGCCAAAGAAGCCGAGAUCUUACAAAGAGCGCGCAGCGAGUCCGCGGCCGAGCUCGCGCGGCUCAAGACCGAACUGUCCGUCUCGAACGCGAACGACGCGGCGCGCCAGGCGGCCGUCGUAGCUAGUAAUGCUGCCGUCGACGAACUGAAGCGAUUGCGGGGGACGGCCGCGACGGACAAGGCGGCUUUGGCCUCUACCGCGAAGGCCCUGGACGACUUAUCAAAAACAGAAAAGGAGCUCCGCGCGCAGCUCACGCAGUCGAAACAAGAUUUAGCGCAGGCCCAGACGCGCCUCAAGGCGUCCCAACACAAUUCCGACGCGACCAAGGCCGAGUUGGAACGCGCGGACCAGGCCGAAGCGGCUUUGAGAACCGCAAAAGCCAACAACGAGAAGCUCACGAAGCGCCUCGCUUCCUUGGAGCGGAGCGACGCCUCCAUCAAUGAAAGGGAGGCGAACGCCGCGGAGGCGAUUGAAAAAGCUCGAGCAUUGCAGGAGCGGGCGCAGACGGACAUGCGAAAGGCUUCAGAGUUACAACAGGCGGCGAGGCGCGACGGCGCGGCCGAAUUGGCGCGGGCCCUGGACGCGCGCGAUUUACGAAGGAGGUUGUCGCUCGCCGAGGCCGAUCGCGACGCGGCUCUCAGAGAUGCGGACGAUUUGCGGACGGCUCUGAAGGCGCAAGAACCGCCGGCGACGCCGGCUCUGCCUCCAGUGACGACCUUCACCAGGGAAACGGAUGAAGGUACGGUGGCCGAGCUCGCGUCGCAACUAACGGAGGCCCACGAGCAGUUGGAUCUCUGUCGGACGUCUCUGGACGCGAUGAAGGGGUCCGACGAGGACGUUCGGUCAAGGUGCUGCGCAUUAUCACAAAGAUUGCACGAGGAGGCGGGCGAAAGACAUCGGCUCGAGCGGUUAAGAGCAAGGUGUCGCUGUUCGCACCAGGACGGUACGAAGGAUGCAAAUGAGGACCUUACAAGGCGAGCGCUCGCCGCGUCGUUAGCCGCGCAGGCCGCGAAGGACUCCUUGUUUGCUGAACAGCAAGCCACGUCGAACAAAGCUUUAGCCGCGGCGCGGUGUCGCGCGACCGUCGCGGAAAGGGCUAGAGAUCUAGCCGACGCGCGCGCUUCAGAUGCGUCCGAGGCCCUCCAGGAGGCUUUAUCACUGCACGGCAUUGAUCGUUCAGCAUUAGCUGAUCGUUUACCGGAGAAGGAGGAUACUACGUUAGGUGCGACGGCGCGAGCUUUAGAGGAGGCCGAGCGACGGGUCACGGCCGAAAAAGAGCGCUCUCACAUACUAGAGGCGCGUUUAGUCGAGAUGACAUCACAAAAAGCGGACGCCGUCGAGGCGCUGGAGCGCGAAACGGCCGCGACGAGGGCGCAGGCCGAUCGCGCCGCAGCUGCCGAGCUCGCCUCCGUGGCGGUCCAGGCGGCCAGUCGCUCCGGUGCUGGAUUACGUUCAUCGCCGCGCUGGCGGUCCUACGUCGACGACGUUCUCUCCGCGUGUUCAUCAGAGCGGGACGCCAAGGCGGCUUUGUUAGAGUCGAGAGCUGGCUUAGCACGCCUGGAAGCGAGACUGGAGACGUCUGAGAGACGGGCGGACUCGCUACAGUAUCGCCUGGCGCGAAGAGGCGUCGAGGAAGAGGAGGAGGACUUCCACGUCAAGACCCCGAAGGACCCAGAAGUGUCCUCACUACGACGGGAAGCGAUGCAGCUCGCCGACGAGGCGUCUCAGGCGAGAGACGCCCAGAAGCGCGCCGAGAAUGACGUUAGAGAAGUGAGAGGUGCGUUAUCCGCCUUGCGCCUCGAGAAGAGCGCCCUGGAAGCCCGAUGCGCCGCGGCCGAGGCGGCCCAAGCGGACGCUACCAGAAGCUCCUUGGACUUGCGAGCAAGGGCCGCCCAAGCGGAAGCUCGCGCCGUCCACCGCGUCACGGCGACCGACGACGACGCGAAGGCGCUCGCGCAAGCGGUCCUCGCGCGCAUGGACCGGAUCCAGAACAUGGCUACCAGUGAUAAACCGUCGGAGGCGCUCCAAACGCUCGAAAAGCGCGCGACGGAGCUCGAGGCCGCCCUCGCCGAUACGCAACAACGUCUAAAUGAUGAAUCUACCGCGAGAGCUAGUGCGGAGCGCCGCGCGGGCCGCGAGGCCUCUUCUCGUGCAGAUAUGGAGGUCGAGGUCGUGCUGACUCAGCGUCUGUUUCUGAGGUUUUCUGAACUUCAAGAUCGCAUCGACUGUGUCUGAGGGCGCCGUCGAGCCUCCACGCCAUCGACGCGACGCGUUCCUCUGUUCUCGACAAGUUUCGUGACGGCGUCGUCCCGCGCAGGCACGACUGAAGGAGGAUUUACGCUCGUUGAAGUCGGCGAAGAACCUCGAGGUCCUCGCCGAGGCCGCUAGACUGGAAGCCCGCGCGGAAGAUGCCGACAAACGAGCAGAACUUGCUUGUGAAGACGCGCAGGCCGCUCGACAGAAGCUCGCCGAGGCCGAGAAGAACCUGGGGAGGUUGGAGGGGGCUGGCGUGCUGGCGGAAGAAGCUCGGAAGCGCGCCGAUGCUGCUUCGCAACGCGCGAAAGCUGCCGAAGAUAGAUGUCGGUUGGCCGUCGAAAGUGCGCAACAAAAGGCCUCACUCGCGGAGAAGCGCGCGUCGGAUGCUGAACGAGAUCUCGUUGUCGAAAAGCAGCGCACAACCGAUGCACUAAAAAGGGAGGAGGCUCUGAGGACGCAAUCCCGCAAGGAUCUGAACGACGUCCGAAGCGAUGCCAAGAGGCAACGCAAGGUCUUCCAGGACUUCCGGAGGGAGAAGGACGAAUUACAAAAAAGGUACGACAAGCAGCACGCGGAACUGCUGGAAGCGAAGAGUAGAACGGCGACGCUGAAGCUGCGGGUCGGCGCCUUGCAGACGGCCUCGCAGUCGAAGUCGCCGCGCCGGGAAGUCGUCGAGAAGGAUCGAUUGCGGGCGGAAGAGGACGCGCAGCGGAAGCGCACGGACGAGGCGGCGCGCCGACGGCUGCGGGACAUCCGGCAACAGAAGGACGAGAUGGCCCACGAGAAGCGCAUCCUCGAGGAGAAGAUGUCGACGAUCAUCGCGCGCGAGGAGAAGGCCGAGCACCGGCGGGGAGAAGCUGUGGUGAGAGAAAGGGCGGCCCACCGGAAGCUGACGGUGGCCCAGGACGCCUUCGAGCGGGAGAAGACCGUGUUAACUCGGAAACUGGACGAGUGCAAGGCCAUGUUAGGAAGGAAAUCAGCAGAUUACGACCAAGCAAGGGCUGCUAGGUUACGAACCGCAAGGCGCGCGGACGCGCUGGGCAAUGCGAUCAAGGACGUCGGGGUCCGGUUGGCGCGAGGCCUGGAUCGCGCGCGGGACCGAGCCGCGCAAUUGGCCUCGACAUCUUCGACGCCUACUGCUGGUUUAGUAGCAGCAUCAUUGUUAGAUCUGGCACCAUCAGAAGUCGACCAGUUGGUAGCGUCGUUGGAUGGAUCGACCACGCCCGUGGCGAGGUCGCCGCGCCACGCGAACGCCGAGAGCGCCUUCGCCGCGACGAUCACGUCUGCCCUCGAGGCUACCGAUUAUCAGAAAAUACGGGAGUCCAUCGUGGCGGUGGUGGACGAGCGCGUCGAGCACGAGCGGAAUUUGGGGAUGGCUCUUGGUUCUAGAGAUGACGCUCCCGUCCAGUCGCGGCGGCCCGUGGUAUUGUCGGAUGAGUGCUCGGUGGACGCCGUGGACACGGCCGGGGUCUUGGAGGCGCUCGGGUUGUCUACGGAGGUAUGUUAACCUGAAUU